GCCAAGCGUCGCGCAUCCGUAUGUUUGCUCGCAUGGUCGUCGCAUUCGGUAUCGUUUUCUGCAUCAUAUCUGCGCCGCUCUCAGAGCUCGAUCGUCCAAACGACCGAGAUACUCUCACAUCUCCGUGUUCACUUCUUCCUCCUUCCGCGCUCAGAAGUCUCGAUGGCUUCGCGGAAACCUCGGCAGAAUCUCCCGUCCUCCAUCAUCCCGACAUUAGAGGGCAUUCCCGUCCUCAGUAAACUCUUCUCCUUUGUCAACAGCUCGUCCAACCUUUACAAUUUACUUCAUGACUCGAAAAACUUUACCUUCUUAGCGCCAACGAAUGAUGCCAUCGCGCAAUGGAUUUCCACGGCAUAUGGCAAUAGCACUCCUAGUGCAGACAUUAUCGAGGCUACUUUGUCAUACCAUAUCCUCAACGGAAGCUGGCCAACGAUAGAUUUCACCAACGAGCCUCAGUUCGUGGUCACGAGCCUUACUAAUUCCUCAUAUUCAAAUGUCACAAUCGUUCCAGGCGGCCAGCGAGUUGAAUUGAUCAAUGGGCCUGGAGGUGAUCCUGAGAUUCUCUCGGAUAACAAAACUGUUACAACUAUCGCUUCUGACGAGAAGGACAUUGUUUGUUUGAAUGGCUUCGUCCAAGUUAUCAACUCAGUGCUCAGUAUUCCGCAACAGAUUAUAAAUCUUGUAGCGCAGGCGCAUAUGUCCUACUUGAUUGCGAUUCUGAACAAAGCAAAUUAUCUCUCAGUGGAUACCACAGGAAUUAUCGCUUUUGCCAACUUUGCCACAUUUACGCCCAACAUGACAUUUUUUCUGCCUAAUACACAAGCUGCACUCGAUUGGUUCAAUGGUGUUUCAACGACAAUAGCUGCAGAUAAUCUCACCUCACUAUUCAACUACCACCUAGUCCCUAACACCGUUCUAUAUAGCCCAGGCUUUGUGAAUGGGACAGUAUUGAAGAGUCACCAGGGGGACAAUUUGACUAUCACGAGGCUCGGAAAUGAUACCUACAUCAACUCGGCGAAGAUCCUCCAGACCGAUUACAUGACUGCAAAUGGCGUAGUCCAUACUGUCGAUAGUUUCCUUAUGCCCUUCAACCAAACCAUCCCCCAACAACCACAACCGUCGAGCACCACGAACUCCUCUUCCUCCCCCUCGCCCACCCCCUCACCAUCGCAACAAGGCCUCUCAACAGGCGGAAUAGCCGCCAUCGCCGUCGUGAUCCCCGUCUUCAUCCUCCUAGCCCUAGCCCUCCUCUUCUUCCUCCAUCGAAAACGCAAAGCCGCUCGAAAAAGACAAACCGACUCUGCUCCCCCGCGAGAAAUGGAUGCGAACCCGGCUGCAAAAGAAUUGGCGACGAAGGACCCAGCGGCGAAGGAGUUGAAUGCUGGAUAUCUGCCGCAUGAGUUAGCGGCUGGUUUUAGCUCGCUGCCACCGAUGGAGUUGGAGUGAGAGCGGCAAGGGCGUUCCGAUGCAUCGUCUGCUGCGAUGGAGGCCAGGAAUUGGAGGUGCUAGCUUGAAUGGCUAUGCCUCUGGGUUCGGCUUCUCAAGACAGAAGGGGAGGUGGGGCAGUCGGUACUUUGUCGGGCAAAACAUCGUUACAAAAACCCCCGAUAGGGACUGUUCUGUUCCGCAAUGAGGAUCUGAUCCAACUGGCAAGAAGAAAUGAAGAUCGUGAUAUGUAAUCAGGCCCCUGGGCUUCAAUUCACUUUACUUAGGAUGGGGGAAUAAUGGCAUUUGAAGGAGUAUGGUGGUAGUAUUUUGCGCAUCGACGUCAGUAUCGAGUCAAAAUGGGAAAGGAAAGGAUCGAUUAUAUAAUGCAAAGCAAAGAGAAAGCUUGUAUAUUUGUAUAUAUAAAGUAUAUAUAUUGAAUAGAGAAGAAUACUUUACAUCGUCCC